AUGUCGCCAUCCAGAGAGUUCGACCGGUUGGCCGGCACGACUACCGAACGGGAUCGAAUCCCGUUGUUCGAUUGCAGGAAGAUUUGCCCACAUAAUUUCAACACGGAUACUAUCCAUGCUGAGGAAGAAUUCUUCACCGAUGCGUUCUUCGAACAUCGGUGGUACAAUGAUAGCCGUGUUCGGGACGGAAAAGCCUUGGUGCAGGGAUGGAACGCCCUCACCCACAACAUCGAUUGUUUUGGCCGUGAGGCUUGGCUCGCAAAACUUGAUGCAGCUCGCAUCAGGUUUGAAAAACGCAAUCCAGUCGGGGCGCGAUACCAGUUGCACCGGCUUCCAAGAGAGGCAGGAUUAUCCUGUCUCUCGUGGGGUGAUUCGUGUCCAGGGUGCCUGGACAACUCGACCCGUGCCCCUAGGGAGGCGUCCCUUUCUAAAGAUCCCUACUGGAGGGCGCGCAUCUCUUCCGAGAUGGACGAAGGGAUUGACACUUUGCAAUCCCUGUACUCGCGUUCGGGGAGGUCGUUUUCUGACGGCCCUUCUAUAAACGCAGCGGGUGGGUCUCGUCGUACUGCUCGACGAGACCAAGGACGUCAACAAUCAGCUGGACAAGAGGCUCCCAGCUGUCCCAAGCUGGUGGAAAGCCACGCCAGCGGACGAAGUAACUCGUCCGGACGCUAUUCACGUCGCGGUGGGUCAAAAUACGCUCCACUAGGAAGCGUUGACCAUCGGUUGAGUUCACCAAAGGAUGUGGUGGCGGUGUGA